GGUAGUAGUAGCAGUAAAGGUGUUCACAACAGCUGGGUUUCAUUUGCUACAAUGGCUGCUGUAAGUGAGGCAGGUUUACGUCCAGUGAAGGAGACAGAGCUGCAUGCACUGAAGGAGAGGCUGGCCCGCCACUUGCCUCACUCCCUGCCUGUGUAUGGCGGCGUGAGUUUGGCGGUGCGCUACGGCCUGCACUCCUUGCAGCCUGCCUCCAUCCUGGUGCCCGCUGUUCCUCGCUCCGUCUGCCUCACGAUCAUUGUCCCCACCGGUGGGCCCCAGUGCAUCGAGGUAUUCUGGAGCACUGAGGAACACACCCCACAGGAGGUGGCCCACUACCUCGCUCACAUCCCUCACUUGGACUGGAGUCAGCCUGUGUAUAUACUGUCUUUACUCAGUACUCUACUACCAUCAUUGCAGUCACUGAGUAGCAUUGGGGGACGGCAGGUGCAAGUUCAGACAACAUUCCAAGGACACCUAUACAACCUCCGGGUGCCGACAACACUGGGUAAAGAGCUGCCCCCAGAGUACCAUGUGACCAGCCUGAGGGAGGAGGACGCCUUGCUGAUCUGGACAAACUGGGAGUUCAAUGACCUUGACUCGGCAGACAACAUGAGUAAUGACAUCACUCGCUUUCCAUCUGUUGGCAUCCUUGAGCACAACCCUAAAGAUAGUGUCAAUUUCUCGGAGAAAGCAGACACAUUGGUGUCUUGGGUUCACCUCCGUAAACCCGGGUGGAUGGGUAACACCUUUACAAUGCCACAGCAUCGUCGCAGAGGCCUGGCAGGUGUGGCCACCCUGGCCCUGGCACGCAAGCUGUUGCAGGAGGGUCUUCUUCCUUUUGUCUUCAUAGGAAACCACAAUACUCCUUCCAUCAAGUUCCAUGAGGCCUUGGGAUUCAAGCAGCAGUGUGAGGCACACACAGUCAAGGUGGUGCCUACUGAGGCCACAGACUAAAACCAUCCAGAGCAAGUUUGUAGUUUAGCAUAAUUGACCUGGGUUAGGAAGCACAGGGCUUGUAGUGAUGACUGUCACAUGUACCAUGUCUCAGUAUUUUCUGGACAUAGCUUUCAAUAAAUAGUAUUGUUAUCCUGUAAAGUAUUAGCUACACAUAUUGUUCACCUAUGAAAUCUCAAUUUAUCAAACCAUCUUACAAGUAAAAGCUUUGGUGACAUUGUAAAUCCCUGACCAGUUUGCUAUCAUAAGGACAUCUAGAUGCACUACAAAGGAAACUUACUAAGAACCUGCCUGGGUGCCUGAGGCUGUUCAGACAUGCAUCACACUGACCAUUGUGUGCCACUGCACUGUAAGCACAUGAGCCAUUUCAAAUACCAUACACAUAAAAAUCAAAUGUUUGCUUAAAGUUUAUUUAAUGUAGACUUCCAUCUAGAAAAUAAAAAACAAUAAAUAGAUACAACCCAAUAUAUAAA